GAUCUGAACUAAUGAUACUGCUGUAACAACAAUGUCGGCACAGCGGUGAAUGUUCACAGGAAUUAGAAAUAACAGGAAAACAUCUCGUGUUCCUGUGAUCAGGAGGAGAGUGAUCAUGGCAGGUCGGUGUUGGCUGGACGCUUCACUUGAUCGUUCGUCUAAACUCGGACUUGAGGUGUUGCAGAGAGCCAAAAGACGGUCGGAAUCCUGGAAGAAUGUCGGAUCAUCUCACGGAGAUGAUUCCUGCACCGAGAAACACACGGAGGAUCUGGAACAUCCUGCUGCCCAUAUGACCUUGGAUAAUGCUUUUGCAAAAAUAAUGGAGUGCAUGUCUGAAACCAGCAAUCAAUGCAAGAGGUUUUACAGGUCUGCAAGUGCAGCAGAGCUUCAUGAACAAGAGCGAACCCAUAUGUGUCGCUUUCAUGCUAAGCAGCUUCUACGGACUUCAAGGCAAAUUCAAACCACUACCUUAACCUCCAAAAGGGCUCAUUACACUGCUUUGUCUGAGCCAGAGGAUUUCUUGAUUGAAGUGUCUCCAGGCACUUAUGCCAUCACAGCAGGAAUGCAGGAUGCUGGCCCACAGACCCGAGUGGUGCACAUCAGUGCAGGGGAGAGUAUGAGACUCACAUUCAACCUCUGACCUCAAGCUACUAUCCUCAGGGUUUGACAAAAUGUUUCCAAAUACAUCAUAAAAUAGUCUCCUUUCAUUGCACUAAAAUGAAAUUCUUCACAACUGAAUUUAAUUUAAUUAUAUUAAACAUAAUUUGGUGCACUUAAUGUGAUGUGAAAUGUGCCUUAAUGUAAUGUGUACAUGUACUACUCAGGGUAUUUUUAUAAACAGUACUGAAUUUUAACGGUUAUGAUAAAAUUAUGUGCAAUAGAACUUUUGCUUUAUUUUGUGAUGUUUUGAUGCUGAAAUAAAGAAUUUUUUUAGAUAUCGAAAGUAUUUUGCUGGGAGUUAAUGCAGGAGUUACAUUUCCUCUUUCAGUUCAUAGCUGUUGAACAGUUCAUUACUAAAUAUUAAAACUGCAACAUGUAUUCAAUACGUUCAUUAAAAAAUUAAUGGAUUUGUGUUUGCAGUGAGUGAACACAAGUCCAUAAAUUAAUUAUUCAAUUAUAAAUAAAUAAAUCGAUGCCAAUGGGCCGGUCUGUGCAUAGCCAUAAGCCAUAAGCAAAUGCCUCAGCUGACAGAAGCUUAUGAGGGAAAGGAUGUUUAUUUUUUCAGAGGAUGAAAACUGGCUUAAAAACUGGUGGGUUCCGUUUCCCACUGCAUCUUCUUUUAACACUGCACAACACUUCCAGCAAGUGAGCCAAGACAAAUAAAACAAUUUUAAAAUAGGUUUCCCUGUGUGAUGUACUUGGUAUUCAUGAUCACAUAAAUACAGUGUCGAUUUUUUUCUAUCUUCCAUUUUCAUGUCACACCAUUUUCUUUACAUUUUAUUUAAUUUAUAUUUUGUGUAAUUCGUCUCUAGAUUUUGACCUUUAAGGUGUUGUUAAACUGCUGAAUAUUUUCUGCUAGCAUAGACGUGAGUCAAAAUAACUUUCACCUCAGGCAUUCUGCCUUUUCUUUCACUGUUCAUUUUGUGUUUCCAGCCCUAUCUGAGUUUGACCUUUUAUGUUUUUCAGGUGAGUUUUGUGGGCGUCACUAAAUGCAAAUGAUCUGUGUCCUGGUCACUAGAUAGCAUUGCUGAGAGUUUAAAUUGUUACAACAAUGCAUCACAUUAAAAAAAUUAUAUAAAAUUAGA